CAGGCAUUUUUGGGAGGGACGUCCCUUCGAGGCAUAUACAAACUCUGAGUGAAGCAUCCGCACUUGUCCCUCACGCCGCACCAGCAGCCAGCACAGAAUUCACCUAUUCUUUUACACAGAACAGGAAGUUGACGUGACCUGACAUCAAGAUGGCAGCAAAGGGUGUCAGCAUGGCUAACAAAGGACCAUCCUACGGCAUGAGCCGACAAGUUCAGGAUAAGAUCGACAGCAAGUAUGACCCUGAGCUGGAGCAGAUCCUGGUGGAGUGGAUCAGCCGUCAGUGUGGCUCCGGUGUGGGGAGGCCAGAAGCUGGCAAAAUGGGCUUCCAGGGCUGGCUGAAGGAUGGAUGUGUUCUGAGUGAACUUAUUAACAGUUUGUUUCCUGGAGAGAAACCGAUCAAAAAGAUCCAGAGCUCACCCAUGGCCUUCAAGCAGAUGGAGCAGAUCUCGCAGUUCCUCAAUGCUGCAGAGAAGUAUGGUGUUACCAAGACUGACAUGUUCCAGACUGUGGACCUCUGGGAAGGUAAGGACCUGGCAGCAGUGCAACGGACCCUGUCAGCUUUAGGCAGCUUGGCCGUCACCAAGGAGGAAGGCACAUACAGUGGAGACCCUAACUGGUUCUUCAAGAAAGCACAAGAGAACAAGCGAGACUUCAGUGACGAGCAGCUGAAGGCUGGGAAAAGCGUGAUUGGGUUGCAGAUGGGUUCCAAUAAGGGAGCCAGUCAAGAAGGCAUGAGCUAUGGCCGACCCCGACAGAUCCUUUAAAGUCUCUGAGAUGCAGCUAUGCAAAACGUCUUUAGCCUCCUUUCCCCCUGAAGCCUCAAAUGCCCCCUACAUCCUCCAAGAGCCAUUGGAGAACUGACUGGUCCUUUACGUCUUAACUUUCUGCUUUAGAUUUCAGGAACUUCAUACAACCUAUAAUUGUCGUCUUAACACCCUGACUUAAGUUUACUCUGGUGACCGCUGCAUGACUCAGCAUGCUUUCUCUACUAGCUGCAGUACAUGCAAUACAACUGAAUGUCUUAAAAUGCAGCAAUAACCAAAACAGAUUCUUGUGUACCGAUAGGCAAACUAUUAUUUUAGUGCCUUGUUUAACAAUUAGUUUCUGGUAAAAUGUUUAAAUUUUAUUAUAUUUCCUAAGUUUAUCAAACAUUGGUUCUAUUUGCUAAGAACUGAAGAUUUUGAAGAGACUAUUUCCAAAUUGACAAACACAACACAAAGGGUGUACAGAUGCUCUUUAUUUUACUGCUAGUAUGUAGUUUAGUAAACUGCCACUUCCUACUAUGCUACACCUGCUGUCAGUACCAACAGUUUUGUACAUUGUCUUAAUAAAUAAUGACUUUGACAUACA